AGGCAGCUUCCUGUGGAACCCCCGCCUGGAACUUUGGAGAGCAGCAGCUGCCAGUCAGUGUCGACAAUCACGUGGCGGUGAGAUCUGCUGCCCGCUCCCUCUGCGUGGGCCCCCGACCCACCCACGCGGAAGCCCUGGCGGCGAAAGCAGCGGGCCUCUGAGCACGUGCAGAGCGCCGCCGCCUGCUGCUCCCUGGGGCUGGGAGGGAGGCUCGGAGGGGCAGGACUGGCUGGGGGUGGCUCCUCCCGUGCGCCUCUCCGGCCUCUCUGCCCGCCUCUCCUCCUCCUCCUCCCUCGGUGCGCCCCUCUCCAAAGCUGGGCGGAUCAUCCCGGGCGGGGCUGGAAAGGAGCCCUGCCGCUGGGGGAGCUCCGGCGGGCGGCUUCCCAGCCCAGGAUCGCCGAGCUGCUUGGCGGGGAGCGGGGCAUGGAGGAUGGCCCUGGAGGCGGCUCCCUUGUCCAGGUUGAGGAGCCGGCGCGCCGCCUUGCUGCGUAAAGGGGUCAGCUUCGACUGCGAGAGCGAAGAAGGCGACAACUCUGUCUCUGAAGACCUGGGCUGCAGAAGGGGGGAAUUCAGCAGGAAGCAUUACGGAUCAGUCGAGCUGCUCAUUUCCAGCGAUGCCGAUGGAGCGAUCCAAAGAGCCGGCCGGUUCCGGGUGGAAAACGGCUCCAUCGAUGAGAAUACAGACUAUGCCCCCGGUACGUGGCGGAGAACAGAUGUGCACUUGGAAAACCCCGAGUACCACACCAGAUGGUAUUUCAAGUAUUUCCUAGGAAAAGUGCAUCAGAACUAUGUCGGCACGGACGCGGAGAAGAACCCCUUCUUCCUGUCCGUCGUGCUCUCCGACCAAAACAAUCAACGCGUUCCUCAAUACCGUGCAAUCCUCUGGAGAAAAACAGGUACUCAGAAAAUAUGCCUUCCUUACAGUCCGACAAAAACCCUGUCCGUGAAAUCGAUUUUAAGUGCCAUGAAUCUCGACAAGUUUGAAAAAGGUCCUAGAGAAAUCCUCCACCCUGAAAUCCAAAAGGAUUUACUGGUUCUCGAAGAGCAAGAGGGCUCUGUCAAUUUCAAGUUUGGCGUUCUUUUUGCCAAAGACGGACAGCUGACGGACGACGAGAUGUUCAGCAACGAAAUGGGCAGCGAUAGCUUUCAGCGGCUCUUGAGUCUCUUGGGGGACAACGUCACCCUGAAGGGCUGGACGGGCUACAGAGGAGGCCUGGACACCAGAAACGACACCACGGGGCUCUGUUCCAUCUACACGGUCUACCAAGGGCACGAGAUCAUGUUCCAUGUCUCCACCAUGCUCCCUUACUCGAAGGAGAACAAGCAGCAAGUGGAACGGAAGCGGCACAUUGGGAACGACAUUGUCACCAUCGUGUUCCAGGAAGGAGAAGAGUCGUCGCCGGCCUUCAAGCCGUCCAUGAUCCGCUCCCACUUCACCCAUAUUUUUGCCUUAGUGAGAUAUAAUAUGCAGAACGAUAGUUAUAGGCUGAAGAUCUUUUCGGAAGAAAGCGUACCUCUCUUCGGACCUCCGCUCCCGUCCCCACCCGUGUUUACGGACCACGAGGAGUUUCGGGACUUCCUGCUGGUGAAAUUGAUCAACGGGGAGAAGGCUACUCUGGAAACGCCCACCUUUGCGCAGAAACGCCAGCGGACCUUGGACAUGCUCAUUCGCUCCUUGUACCAGGACCUCAUGCCGGACAUCCAUAAGAACAUGCUGAACAGGAGAUCCUUCAGCGACGUCUUACCGGAGUCCCCGAAAUCGGCCCGGAAGAAAGAGGAGGCCCGGCAGGCUGAAUUUGUGCGCCUUGGCCAGGCGCUCAAACUCAAAACCAUUGUGAAAGGCGACGCCCCAGCUGUUCUGGCCAGCACGAGCCUCUGUAAAAAGGAGCCUUGGGAGUCGCAGUGUUUCUGCAGCGCCUUCCCGCACGACAUCAUCUGUGCCGAUUCUUGGGGCCCGGCCUUGCUCGUCUCGACGGACGUCGGCGUCCUGCUCUUAGACGACGGUCAGCCUUCCAUCCCAGUUUUUGAUAAAACCCUGCAAGUCAAGCAGAUGCACGUUCUGGAAACCCUGGACCUUCUGAUCACGAGAGCCGACAAAGGGAAGGACUCCCGCCUCCUCGUCUUCCGGCUGAGCGCGGUGAGGAAAGGCAUCGAGGCGAACCAGGCCCGGAGCAAGUGUGACUGCCGCGAGAACAAGCUGGAGAAGACCAAAGGCUGCCACUUGUACGCCAUCAACACUCACCACAGCAGCGAGCUGCGGGUCAUCGCGGCCAUCCGGAACAAGCUCCUGCUCAUCACGCGGAAGUACAAGGCGUGGGAGAGCCUCGGCGGCGCCCCCUUGGGGUCGCCCCAGCCGGAGUCCCCCGUGGAGGAAUUCCAGUACAUCCGGGAGAUCUGCCUGUCCGACCCGCCUGCCGUCAUGACGCUGGUGGACGGCCCCACGGGAGAAAACGACAACCUGAUCUGCGUUGCCUACCGGCACCAGUUCGACCUGAUCGACGAGAGCACGGGGGAAUCCUACCGGCUACAUCAAGUCGAGGCAAACAGGGUUAAUUUUGUUGCAGCUAUAGAUGUGUACGAAGACGGAGAAGCCGGCCUCCUCUUGUGUUACAACUACGUCUGCUACUACCGCAAAGUGUGCCCUUUCAACAGGGCUUCGCCUUUGGUCCAGGCAUCGGCGUCCGACUUCCACUUCAGCUGGAAUCAGGUUCCUUACGCCAUUGUUUGCGCCUUCCCCUACAUUCUGGCCUUCACUACCGAUUCCAUUGAGAUCCGUCUCGUCGUGAACGGCAACCUCGUCCACACGGCCGUGGUUCCGGCGCUCCAACUGGUGGCGUCCAGGUCAGAUAUCUACUUCAAAGCGGCCACGGCUGUGAGGGAACCGUCCAAUAGUAGCUCCAAGGAGACCAGCUUACCCAGUUCCCCGCAGACGCCGUCCGUCCACGAAAUCCCCGUGUUCUCUCCUUCAGCAGCAGAGGGCGAAGCGCUGUGCAAAAACCUCUACAAGAUUCCUCUCAGCAACCUGGUGGGCAGGAGCAUCGAGCGGCCCCUCAAGUCCCCCCUGGUCCCCAAAGCCAUCACUGCCCCGGCCCCCAGUGUGGUGGCCGCCAUCCCCACCACGCCCGCCCUCUCUGUGUCGCGCAUGGAAAUCAAGGAGAUCGCAAGUAGGACGCGCAAGGAAUUACUCGGCCUCUUAGGUGAGCCGAUUUCCAAGCCGGACGGAGGACCGAAGCAAAAGAAAGUUCCUCCGAAGCAGACGGACCCCAAGCCGGAGCCUGUGCGGUCCACAAGCAGUGACAGGCUCGUCCCCAGCCUUUUCGAGAGUACCUCGGAAGAACGCCACUUCUCCACCAGUUCCGACCCAGACACGGCCACACGGGAAGAGAGUCCCCACUCGGCCAGCCUCUUCCAGCUCGGGGCUUCCUUUGACGAAGACACCAUUGACUUGAAGUGAAGACAAUCUAGACCCACCACACACAUUCCCACCCCACGCUUUUCUCUUCCCCCCCACCCGCCCGUUCCGAAUGACCCUUGGUAUGGUAUAGGAACAUCACACUACACUUUCUGAUAAUCCCGGAAGCAGAGAAGGUGGGCGCUCCAGAAGGCCGGAUGUGUGUGGCUCUUUGGCCGGUGGGAUGGGACGGGUGUAAGCGUCGUUUCGCUCUUAUUUUUCUCGGAGUCGCUGCCCGCCUCAUUUAAAGAGCUGUUGGUCCUCAUCAGAUUGUUUUUAAUUGGCUAAUGGGUUGAAUCUUCAUACAUUGGCAUGUGACUGAAACAAUGGUUUUGAACGUCUUAGGAGUAUUCCCUACUGUGGGAGUGAAUUGGGAAUGCCUCUUAUGUUACAGAAUGCCUCUUAUGUUACAGAAUGCCUCUUGGCUCUCCAGCUUUUGGCAACCUUGGUUCUCCAGCUGUUGAUGAGCUACAACUCCCAUCACCCCCAGCUGCAGUUUAUUACAGCUGGGGAUGAUGGGAGUUGUAGUUCAGCAACCAUUGGAGAGUCAAGGUCACCCACCCCAGGGUUACAGAAUGCCUUUUCUGUGACGGUGCUUCCCUCUUGCAGUUUAUAUAUAUAUAUUUUAAAGUACAUUAAAAAUGGUUUACUUGAAGAAAAUACUGUAUUUACCUGAAUCCAAGACUAGGUUUCCCCCAAGUUAUUCCAUGUCAGAAAUCAGGGGAGUCAUCUUCAAUGUAGAGUCCUCUUAGGGGUAAGUAAGGGUAUAAGCUGCAUUUAACCUCUUGUUUUAUUUUUUUUAAGGGGCUCGUCUAUAAAUUCAGAGGAGUCUUCUAUUUGGGUAAAUACAGCAAUGUGCCACCCAGUCAAUUCAGUUAAUUGGAUAAAAUUUAGCCAGUUAAUUGACUAAAAAGGUUUGGAAUAGAUUAACCAAUUAAUCGGCUGCGGCCUUACUGAACUGACCCUCGUUUUCACUCCUAAGGAAGGUAGCAGGUAGCCAAGAUAUUUUAUUUUUAUACGGUUGGAGCUUUUAAAGUAGAUAAAAUGUUUGUUUUCUUCCUCUCUUCUUUCUGGUUGGAGACGGUGCGGAUGUGAAUAAUGAAUUGGCUCUCUGCUUUGAUUGCAGCAGGUUAGGAAAGAUGACCCUACAGCAGAAAUUUGAGUUGAGUUGUUUUGUUUCUAAAGAUUCAAGAGCGCUGGCUAACUGCCAGGCCAUUCUGAAGUAACCAGUGGCCGUUUCUACCCUGAUGGAAAGCCCGGCCAGUGGUGCAGUGUGACACCGACUCUUUGCCAAUUGCACGCUUCUCCUUCCCAGGGACACAUCCCACCCUUCAGAACAGACCGGCUGGAUCAGGUCCAAGGCCCAUCCAGUCCAGCAUCCUGUUUCACACAGUGGCUUGUCGUUUCGUUUAUCAGUAGUGAUGUGGUUAAACCAGGGUCUUAUUGAACCAGGGUCUGAAACAGAGGCUGAUGUGAGUUUUGGACCCGUGGUUAAGGAACCCUGGUUAACUCUAACCAUGGUUCAAGUUACUUCUGAUAAAUGGCUUAACUGGGGAGAAGGCAGAGAUGUGUGGUUUUUUUUUGGUGGGGGGGCGUGCUAGGUAUUUGGAUAUGCAUUGCCAGAGGUCCGGAUUAAAUUGUUCCCUUUUCUCUUGCGACGCCCCUCUUCUCCCCUCCUCCAUCUCUCUAGUAUUGCGUUAGCAGAUUUUGACUCUCUUCCAAAAACUCUUUUCUCCUCCAUCCUGAAGUCCAGUAGACGAAGAGAGGCGACUUGAAAGGACAAACUGUCCUCCGAGAAGCCCCUCUUGCCUCUUCCACUCAUUGACCCUGGAGGACUGGACGAGCUCGGAGGCAUUCCAGGACAGGCAAAAAUCCCAUGAGGUGCCCAUAACGGAAGGAGUUGCCCAAGAGAUUCUCCACUCAUUGAGGGGCUCCUCGCAACGGGCAGGCAGGCCCUCACCCCCAGAAAUGACCCAACCAACCAGGUAAAUUAAGAAUCAGUUAAAAUGAUUAGGAAACGGCGCCAUCUUCCUGCGACUGGGCCAUCUUAGAGUACUUAAAGAACAAAAGCCUCGGCUACUAAGCGGGGCUUUUACGGUACAACUCUGGGCAAGAGCUCUGGCUUGCCGUGCAGCGUAGAAUGUUUGCUUUUGUUUAAAAAAACGAAUACGUUCCUAGUCCUCAUGAGCGUGGGGUCGGUUUGUGUUUUGCUUUUUUAAAGGUAAGGGCAGUGUUGUCUCUUGAGACUAAAAAGGGGGAGGGUCUAGGGUGGGAGUCCAGGGGGCAGGGGCUGAGGCAAAGCGCUCGGAUCCUGCCCACGGGUCCCACGUUCCACCUCCUCUUCUCCUACCUCCUUUGCCCACCGAUUAUUCCAUGAGUCCAAUCUCGGUCGCUUCUCUUACGCCAUUGCCUUAUUUUGCAAGCAGAACAGCUCUUAGCCGCCCGGCAUUUGGGCCAGCGCUGAAGAGGCUUGAUGCGCAGUAAACAAAAACAUCUUUGCCCUGCCCAAUUAGUGGAUUCGCAUUUGCGUCACCCCACGUAGCUUUCUUGGCCCGUAGAAGCUGCAUCGCUGAGUUUGCCACUUGUGGGAGCAGCCCGGAAAACCAGCGAAGGGAAGCUCACAGGUGCUGCUCGGAGGAAUUUGGAAUAUCCAGCCACGAUCUUGCAAAACGCGGGUGUGUUGUGUGUGUGCGGAACACAGCAGGCGUGUCCAGGAGGGGAUGUGGGGCUUUGUAAGGCUUGCGUUUAGGGUUAGAGCGGCUAGCAGAGGCACUGGGUACUGGCCAGCAUUUCCCAGGGUUGCUGGAUUACUGCAGGGUCUCUUAAGCGGAAGCAAACCCAGCAUAGUCUCUCCUUGGUCAUGGCUGCUGGAGGUAGUCCGCGAGGCCGGCCCCCAAAUUUUGGGCGUUGGUACCAUCUCGGGAGACGAAUGUUCUCAGUGAUUUGUUUUGGCUCCCUGUCCCCAAAGGGCUCACAACAAUUUAAAAAAGAAACAUAAACUAGGCCACAGCCACUGCAGGGAUGCUGUGCUGGGGAUGGAGAAGGCCAGGUGCUCUCCCCCCGCUCAAGAAAGAGACCCCCCCCCCCCAUUUUCAAAAGGUGCCUCUUUGCUCAGUUGGCAGGGGAGAAGAGCUAGUGAUAUAAAAGGAUUCAUGGCCAGUGUUCUCUGAUUCUUUUUCAUUGUGGUCUUGCAUCUGGGGAGCCAAGUGUGAAGAACCCCCCCUGCCUCCAAAAUUGAACUGGUUCUCCCCUCUUUGCCACAGGCAGUCUUCCCCUCCUUGUGCCCCAGCAAACUUUCUCCUGUCUGUGCAAACCUCAUGUAGGCACCUCCUCCCUUUCUCCCCCCGCCCCAGUAGCUUUCCUUCCCCACAGCCCCUUGGGACCCCUUGGUCCCACCUCUCCACACCAUGGGACUGGGUGCCAUUGCUGCCGCCAUUUCGCCUCCUCCAGCAGCCUCGAUACAGCUGCCUGCAGAAACGCCCUCGCAAAGAUCCUGCGCCAUGCAGCUGUUUUCGUAUUCUGCUUGAGAGGCGGAAACUCCGUGCAGGAGCUCAGCUCGAGUGUGGACGGCCAGGUGUGUGCUGGAUGGCUCCUAGCUUCGGCCACAGGGCUGUUGGGCCGUCCAGAUCAGACUCUUAGCUGGGACGUUUUCAGUCCUCCAUCGUUGGCAGCUAAGAUGGCGGAAAGGCAUUUCCCCGUUGAUUGAGCUGUCGGCGUCUUCCCCUGUGUGAGGACUGACUAUCGGUGUCGAAUUGGGUGUGGUUUCGCUGGGCCUCUUUAUGCUCGACUGGAGUUUCUCUUUGGCUAGCCAGGGCAUUUCCUCGGACUUCUUCAAGGCUUGUUUCCCAUUAAAGAGCUUUUGCGAGGGGCUCCUUGGCGUGUUUCGGAGGGGACAGAGUCUAGGUCGGAUCCCCCAGUAGCGAUUGGUAGUUCUUGGCACAUAUAAGGUGGCAAGUCACAAUUCAGAAUCCGUCCUAGGACCUGAGCGGCUGUUCCCAAGGGGCUGUUAUCCUUUGCCCCUUUUCCUGACUUCAGUCCCUCCUCCCGGUCCUUCUCUCUCUGUUUUCUGACAUCCUCUGUCCGGUGUAGCUAGUGCCAGAGGAAUGAGGCCGACAGACCUGCCUGGCCUCAGACCCAGUGACAGAGGACCGACGUUUUCUUAUCCUGUCUUCCUUGGAAAUUUGACAGUGGGCUGGCGGGCGAUGGUUAGUAGCCGCUCCAUCGAUGUUUCGAAGAAGUUCAAAGUAGCCCGGGAGCAGAGUCCUUCUCCUCCUCCUCCUUCAAGCAGGUGCCUCCAGCACUUGGGCUUGGCCCCCUUUGUAGCAUCACAUCACUUUUUUAAAAAAUGAAUCGCCGUUACCUUUGCAUGUCCGUCCUGUCCGUGCCGCUUAAAGGGCCGGUGGCCAAGAACCCGCUCUCCAUUUCCUGCGACGUUGCUGGGCGGCCAGAGCGAGGCUCCCUCUCUCCGUACGAAACGAAGGGAUGGCGCCACUUCCUGCAGGUUUGACUUCCUCCUAUUUAUGACGUAUUUCUCUUGCCAGAUGGAAGGCACUUCCGGCGAUGCUCCCGUUUGUACAAAACCCCUCUGUUGUCAACCCCCGGUGGCUUGUUUUCCUUAACGCCUCGAGCAGAAUCCAGCAGAAGUCGGGCGACCCGCGCGGUCCCCCACUGCUGAAAGGGACCGGACGCCUCGGGCGGACUGAUCCGUGGCAGGUUUGCCCGGAAGCCUCGCCCCUGUCAGAGGGGACUUGCCUCCAAGUUAAGCUGCAGUCCGAGCAGGUGGGGAACUUGGUGCUUAAAAUUGGCGGGGAAGGGCAAGAGAUCCAGGCAGGUCGGAGUGGAUCGGUUGGAUUUCAUUAAUCCCAGUUCUCCAUACUUGGAAUGCCGGCUGUCAUCUGGACGGAAUCACUCCUGGGUGGUCCUAUUGGAAUUAAGGAGCCCUUUAGAGUCGUUCCUAAUUAGUGCUACUCAGUAAUACAGAGAUUAGUGCUACUCAGUAAGUUGGGUUUGUCCAUCGGCCGUUGUUGGAACUGACGGCGGAGUUAAAUGCACACGCGCAGCGGGCUGGAAUUGGGCUUAAACCGGCUGCUUGAGUUCCCCAGGGCAUCCCGUCCGUUUCAACGGGAUGUGCAACCCUUUCCGUGUGCAUUGACUCAAGAGGCAAGCCGCGCCCUGUUCAGUGGGAUUGUUUCCUAGUCAAUGGGCUUAGGAUUGCAGCCAGGACAGCACAGUCCUUACUCAGGAGGAGGUCUGGUUACGUCCGGGUAGAGGCGGCCCUACCUUGCAGCUCCCGCCCCGCCUCACUUUUGCUGGAUUGUGCCCCUUGACUGUUACUCUUGUUGGGGUUUUGUACUUUUCAAUGAUUCUGUACUGUUGGGCUGUAGCUAACCCUCCUGUGAGUCUCAAAGUUAAAAUUACCACCAAGUGUCUUAAACUCGAUUGUAUUGCCAUUGUUUUUAAAUGCUCAAAGUAAUAAUGUCUUCGGUUCCCCCCUCUCCCCACUUAUUUUUGGGUUUCCUCGUUUUGUGUUUUCAAAAUGUAGCCUGUAAAGAAAAAGAGAAUCCAGAGAUGAAUAUAAUGGCAGAAAUCUGUUCCAGAAGUUCCAUAGACCACAACUGUAAAAUGGACUGUAGGUUCUUAUUUUCUCUUUUUUCCUUCCUUGAUAUGUAAUAAAUAUUUAUGACA